AUGAAAUUUUUGAUCGGAGGGGAGACCUAUCAAAGAGUACUCGUCUCUGCAAUAUGGCUGAUUGCAGUAGCAGUAAGCUUACCACAAGGAUUGUUCCACGAAGUUUUCGAAUACGAAAACGGUGAAAAUGCCAUAAUCUAUCAGAUUUGCAAUACGGCACUGAGAGAAAACAGUGACCAUCAAGCUGAUUACACUCUUGACAUUUCAAAUCGCCACGUGGAUGGGACAAUACCACCAUCCUAUUCGGUCAAAUCAAGAAAGCGGUAUUUCAGAUGGCGUUACAUAAAUGUGCUCUUCUUUUGUUGCCAUUGGCUGGCAAUGUCAAAUUCGUGUCUUAAUCCAAUCAUCUAUGGUCUCUAUAAUGAUAGAUAUAAACGAGAAUAUAAACGAGUGGUGAUGCUUUUACGCUGUAUUAAACUGGAUGAUGAUUCGGAUGAAGACAGAUUCCGAAAUAAACGCGAAUCGUUAAACAAUACGAACAACCGUCCGAAUAAACACCAUGAUGGCAUCUCAAAGCAUAUAAAAUGCAAUAAGCAACAACUCGAUGGAUCUUUAGCACAUAAUAAAUGUACUGCAGUUGAUUUGUGA